AUGGCUAUGGACCCUACCAUGAACAAGCUCCUUAAAUGGAGUGUCCAGAACUCCCAGCAACAAAAUGAAGAUGGCACUACUACUGCCCCGCCUUCUGCCAGUGAAGCUGCCCGCACUCUGACUCCGGACAUGAUCAAUGCUCUCAUGGGCGGUCCUUCCGACGCAGAUCUUAUGAAGGCUGCGAUGGAAGUGCUGCAUUCCGAUGAAUCUGACUUGGAGAAUAAGAUGAUCGCAUUCGACAACUUCGAACAGCUCAUCGAGGGGAUCGACAACGCCAACAACCUCGAGCCGCUCGGUCUUUGGAGCCCGCUUGUGAAACUAUUGGACCACGAGAAUGCCGACAUGCGCCGGUAUGCGGCAUGGUGUAUUGGCACUGCCGUGCAGAACAAUGAAAAGGCCCAAGAUAAGGUUAUCGUUCUCAAUGCCAUUCCUAAGCUUGUGAAAGUCGCUACUACCGACUCAAACCCUGCCACCCGCAAGAAGGCCGUCUACGCGAUUUCUUCGUCCGUGCGCAACUAUCAGCCAGCCAUGAACGAAUUGACCAGCAACCUUCCGGAGGGUUAUCCGUCUGACAAAAUUGAUGCGAGUGAUAUGGAUGCCAUCGAUCCUCUCAUGGACAAAUUGCGCGCUCAUCCCGUGAGCUCUGCAUGA